UCACAGGAAGAAGAAGAAGCGCAUUCUCGAGCGCUCAGCUGAGCGAGCUCAAGUGAGUUACGGCUGCAGAGUUUGUCCGUCGUCGUCAGGAGGAAACAAACUAAGGAGGCAUAAACCUCCUCGAAAUGACGACAAAAACCUUCCCUGAUAAAAGAGGAUAUCAUUAAGUAUACGUUGGGCCUUGUUUGGUUCCCGUGGAUGGCUAAGUAGGCGAGUUAUGCGCACUUAAAAAUGAGGUAGCUUGUGUUUUUCCCCUUCAGCGAGAGGACAAGAUGGCAGCGCGAGCUCGUCGAGCAUGCACUGGGUGCGAAUUAAACCUGAACAUCCUCUCUAAAGACUUGCAGUUCCACCACAGCUGCUGUCUAUGAAGGUAUGGCCUCACAGGUUACAGUCUGCCCACCAUAUUUUUAUCAACCCCAGACAAGUGCCUUUUGCAGAGCGAAGAAAAUCGAUCCCAGCAGCUGUGUUUACUAUGAAAAGAUCCCUCGCACUUAUGUGGUCGGUGUGAAUCUAGGCAUUGCGCACCCUACAGAUAUUAUACCCUUAUCACGAAUUGAAGCGUUGACUAGUGAGAAACCCUGUGGUGCACAGGCCUUCUCAAUACAGAAGGAAUACUCUACAGCUCCUCAGGAGCUCCUUGAAAGGGCUUCCUCGCUAUACACACAAGUGGCAUCUGAGGGUGACCUUCAUAUUUCUUCAGAGCGGAUGCAACAGUUGCAGAAGAAAGUGGAGACAGUGGCCAAAACAUACAGUAGUAGUUGUAAUUCUAGUGCUCCAGGAGGGGCAGGAGACGGCGAGAAGCGAGACAAGAAGAACGGUGGUUUGAAUUCGCUUGACGGAAUCCAAAAAUGUGGGUUUUAAUGUGAAGGUGAGGAGUUUGAGAACGGCAAGAGCAUCAUGCAGAUAGUAGAAGAAUAUUCGACUCUACCUGCCAUGUUGCAAACAAAUGUCAGCACGACCGCAGUGGCCGUUGCUCCCCCUGAGCAGAAUGGAACAGGAAAGGGGACAGGGGAUGGCGACUAUCAGUUGGUGCAACAUGAAGUGUUGUGCUCCAUGAAGCACACCUACGAAGUGUUGGAUUUCUUGGGGCGAGGUACAUUUGGUCAAGUGGUCAAAUGUUGGAAAAGGGGCACCAAUGAGAUCGUGGCAGUGAAAAUACUAAAGAACCACCCGUCGUAUGCACGGCAGGGCCAGAUUGAGGUGAGCAUCUUGGCCCAACUAAGUGGGGAGAAUGCCGAGGAGCAUAACCUGGUGCGGGCUUUUGAGUGCUUCCAGCACAGGAACCACACCUGUCUGGUGUUUGAAAUGCUGGAGCAGAACCUGUAUGACUUCCUCAAGCAGAACAAGUUCAGUCCUUUGCCGUUGAAAGUGAUUAGGCCUGUGCUGCAACAGGUGGGCAUGGCGCUGAAGAAGCUCAAGAGCUUGGGCCUGAUCCACGCCGAUCUUAAACCGGAGAACAUUAUGCUGGUAGAUCCUGCAAGGCAACCGUUCCGUGUGAAAGUGAUUGACUUUGGCUCUGCCAGCCACGUCUCCAAAGCUGUGUGUUCAACGUAUCUCCAGUCCCGCUACUACAGGGCUCCAGAGAUCAUCCUGGGCUUACCCUUCUGUGAAGCCAUAGACAUGUGGUCACUGGGCUGCGUCAUUGCUGAGCUGUUCCUGGGCUGGCCGCUUUAUCCAGGAGCGUUGGAGUAUGACCAGAUUCGUUACAUCUCACAAACUCAAGGGUUUCCAGGAGAGCAGCUUCUGAAUGUGGGAACAAAGACGGCCCGCUUUUUCUGCAAGGAGUCGGAUUCACAAUAUGCGGCUUGGAGACUGAAGACGACUGAAGAACAUGAGACCGAGACAGGGUUGAAGUCCAAGGAGGCCAGGAAGUACAUUUUCAGCUGUUUGGAUGACAUAGGACAUGUGAAUCUAAUGCUCAACAUGGAGGGAUGUGACCAGUUGGCGGAUAAAGCAGACAGGAGAGAAUUUGUGGACCUGCUGAAGAUGAUGUUGAUGAUCGAUGCCGAUCAGAGAAUCGCCCCCUCAGAUGCACUUACUCACCCUUUUAUCACUAUGCAGCACCUGAUGGAUUUUCCCCAUUGCAGCCAUGUCCAGUCUUGUUUCCACAUCAUGGAUGCGUGUCACUCAAGAACCAGUGUUUACGAUACUUUCAACCAGAACAAAGCACCUCCUCUCAUGAAGUCUGUGACGAUUCCCAGUGCUCCAAAUAUCACUGUUGCCUUCAACAAAAUGCCCUCUAUCCACUCUCAGAACCUGCCUCCUUCGGCUCCACCUGUGGUCCAUCCUGGGAUUCCCAUCCAAACAGGAAGUGCCCAGUUUGGAUGUAAUGACUCGUUUCAGCAUCCACUUAUUCUCUGUCCUCCUGCCCUUCAAGGAAUUCCCUCGAACCCAAGUCAGCCAGCAGGCUAUUCGGUUAGAAUGGAGAACACCCUUCCACUGGUGACCCAAGCCCCAUCAAUCCAUCCCUUACCCAUGAGACCAGGAGUUAUUGCACAACCAUGGUCCAACAGAACUCAACAGAUCUUGGUGCCAGCUUGGCAGCAGGUCCCACCACCUGCUACGAGCUUGGCAUCCGACACAAUUGUUGGACCACAGAGGCGAGGAGACUGGGGGAAAGUGCGGCCACACAGCAGCCAUUACAAUUCGGUGAUGCCCCAACCUAUACUUCCCAACCAAAUGACUGUGUCAACUCAUCAGCCAAUAAACAUUGGCAUUGCUCAUGUGGUUUGGCCUCAGCCUGCAAGUAACAGGAGGAAGAAGCCCAGUCAGAACAGGAGUAUGAAUGUCUCGCACUACACGGACACACAGCCCUCAGUGUGUCCAUCACCAAAGAUGGUGGACAGGUUGGCGAGUAUAGAGCCAGAGCGGAGCUCUCCAGACAGAGAGGUGAAGUCCCAGGCAAAGCAGGAACCAGAGCAGGUGGAGGGCUGCUGUAAGGCAGGGGUGGCCAAUCAGCAGCGAGAGUCCAUUAUUAUCAGAGAGUCACCCAGUCCAGCGGUCAGUGUCAUUAGCAUAAGCAGUGGCACAGAUGAGGAGGAAGUACAGAGAUGCUCCCUUAACAAGUGUAAGGGCAGUCCUGAGUGUGAGGCCUGCACAGGCUCUUUGAACAUGGAGCGAGUGUGUUCUCUCAGCAGUCCUGACAGCAGUCUGAGCACCAGCUCCUCAGCCUCGGCUCAAUCCAGCCCGUCACCAUGCAAAAGACCCAGCAGUAUAUCAGAAGAUGAUGGCCAUGAAAGUGGGUGUGAAACAGUAGAUGGGUCCCCCCCUUCAGACUCCUCCCUUGGGCCGCACGACAGCCCCUUCCCGGAAAGACGCUUCCUGACCAACCAGAACCAAAACCAGAAACCCCAGGCCAGGCGUGGACACUUUAACACAGGGCUGAACAGACCUGCAGUUAGGACUGUUGUGGUGCCACCCAUGAGAGUGCUGAACAAUAACCACCAUCCCAACAAUGAGCAGUACUCAGUCUUAGAAUACUCCUGCCACUCCAGAGGUCGCUGCAUCCCAGGAAGACUGAGCCAUCUUUCCACACCGACACUGCCCCGCCAGCAGAAAAUGAACUCUUCAUUCCAGCCACAGCUGCCAGGCUUUGGCCAGGUCCAGCAUUACGGCUCCUGCCACAAGGAGUGGAACGGCAACUACCGGCAGCCGCGCCGGCCACAGGCCUUCAUCCCUCCAAUGGUGCAUGGCCCCACUUUCCCACUUGCUCACGGCAGCCCCACACACUCGGCCGCCCACCCGCCACCUCCCGCCCUCCUCUCCUAUCCACCUUCCGCACCCGUGGCCCACCUUUUCCCUUCGCCAUGCCCACCGCCGCCCCCACGGCCUGUCUUGCAGCCCGCCUACAGUCUGGUGCACCACCAGGGCAUCAGCAUGGGCAUCAACCACAGGGUACUUCCCUCCCCUACUCUGCUCCCGCAGGGCCAGUUCAAAGCCCUCUUUCCCCCGCACUCCUAUAUGGCGUCGCCCGUCUACGCAGGCUUCCCCCUCAGCCCCAGCAAACUCAGCCAGUACCCGUACAUCUGA